AUGACUUACUGGAGAGUUCCCGAAGGAGGAGAAGAUGCAACUGUUUUCGCGCUGGCCCAGCUCCUGCAGUGGAGUGGCGGGAGCCGACCAGCCAGCGCUGUCGGCUACAUCUACCGAGAGGAAGGCGGCAACCUCCACCGCUGGGUGGUGCAGUCGUACGGAGGCGUACAGAACUUCGUGGCUGCCCAUGCAGACGUUUUCGCUUUGGAACCAAGGAAGCCAGGCAGGAUGCAGCAAUCAUGCGGCUACGCAAGUGAGAGACAUCGAGACUUGAUCGAGAUUGACCGACUUUCAACAUCGACUGAGUGUGAGAUGUGCUUUGCUAGCAGCCUCAGCCACUUCAAGCGGGCCAUUGCAGAGGCGGCCAAGCACGCUCGCAAGGUGACCCGGUUUCCCGUGGCAAGCGCGCGGUCCUCGGAACAGCUCAGCUGCCAGUCACUCUUUGUGAACAUUGUCAUCCAGAAGCUUGCAUCGACGGUCGACGUGUUCCUGGAGCCUUUCCGCCCGGGGGUGGUGGAGAAGCUUGGUUUGGGACCUGAGGUGCUGUGCAGUCAGAAUCCUCGUCUCAUCUAUGGCCGAAUGACCGGAUACGGUCAAGGCGGAACGGAAUUCAGUUCCAUGGCCGGGCACGACAACAACUACCUUGCCUUGUCGGGCACUUUGGACUUCUUCAAGCGUGGUGAUGAGAAGCCAUUCGCUCCUGCGAACUUUGCUGGUGACUAUGCAGGAGGAGCCAUGAUGCUGGCGAUGGGUGUUCUUCUGGCCCUGCUCGAACGAAGCAAGAGCGGCUGCGGUCAGGUUAUUGAUGCAGCCAUGAUCGAUGGGGCCAACUACACGGCGCUGCCGCUGUUCAAGUGGAUGCAGUCUGGUUUUGUUCCAGUCGGAACAGAUGGCCACGUAGUGGCCUCAGACUUUAUCUUAUGUCAGGCUCCGCACUGGUCAGAUAUAUACCUCUGUAAGGAGGAUCCGGCCAAGAAAGGCAGCCGCCAGUACGUCUCAGUACAGGCGAUCGAGCCCCAGUUCUACAAGGUGCUCCUGGAAGGACUUGGGCUUGCAGGUGAAGAGCUGCCAGCACAGUGGGACAAGGAGGCCUGGCCUGAGAUGAAAUCCCGCUUCGCCGCGAUAUUCCAAACCAAGACCCGCGACGAAUGGGCCCGGGUGUUUGCGGGCACAGACGCAUGCUGUGUCCCCGUGCUGAACGCCACGGAGGCUGCUGCACAUCCUCACAGCAGAAGGCGGCGCAGCUUUGAGCCAACACCUGGCUCACCUGGAGCCUAUGAGCCCGCACCGGCACCGAAGCUCAGCCGUACCCCGGGCUCCGUGCCGCGGCCUCGCCCCGUGCCCGGCGCCAACACAAGAGAGGUGCUGCUGGACAACGGCUUCUCAAGAGAGGAGGUGGACAACCUUAUGAAGGAGGGUGUGGUUGCCGAAAGUCGCAAAGAGCCGUCAAAGCUUUGA